UCGUUUCUGUGAUAUAUGUUAGAGGCACUUUACAUUAAGCGUUUUAACGCGCGUGCCCACGCUUUGCGUUUCUAAGGUUGAGGGUAAGAGGAUGUAAGGUGCUUGCGGGGUAGACCAGCAGGCUCGAUCGAAAGUUUGAGGGGGAACUUUUGACAUUUCUCUUUGACCAGUUUUACAUUGAGCCUUUCACGCGCGUUAAACGCAUGAAAUUCUCUUUUGAUCACCCUUCGAAACGCAAGAUGUGUUUACAUUAAUGGUUUUAACGCGCGUUUAUAAUUUGGAAGAUUUGACAUUUACUUAUUUAUUUCUCUUUGCAAUUCAUUCAUAACAAGUAUUUUUAUAAACUAGGAUGGAUAACUUAGAAAAAGAAGAAUUGAUUGAGGAAAUAUUAGAUUUAACAGAAUUUGCUGUGGACCAUUUAGAUAUGGAUGAUCGGGAAAAUUUGGAAAUUAUCCUUACAUUAUUGGAUUUCUAUGAAGAAGCCGAAAACAUGCCUAACAAAAGAAGAAGAAGGGAAUGGGUGAAACCAUGGCGGAAUGAGCGGGAAAAUAUGGGGUCGUUUCCUUUUCUUAUGAAGGAACUUGGCAAUGAUGAAUUGUCUUUCUAUCAGUACAUCCGGAUGGACUGUGAAACUUUUAACUACAUCCUACAGACUAUAGAAGGCAGCAUAAGGAAACAGGAUACAUUGUUAAGAAAAUCUAUAUCUCCUGCAGAAAAAUUAGCAGCAACACUUCGAUAUCUUGCUACAGGAGAAUCUUACAGGAGUACCAAUUUCCAAACAAGAUUAUCAGAAUCUUUUCUUUCCGCUGCAGUCCCUGAAGUUUGUGAAGCUAUUUGGAGUUGUUUCAAAGACAAAUAUUUAAAGUUUCCAGAUACAGUCAGUGAAUGGAAGAAUAUUGCAGACAAGUUUACAAUGAAAUGGCAAUUUCCUCAUUGCAUUGGCGCAUUGGAUGGAAAACACAUUUCUUUUCAAGCGCUCAAAAAAGAUGGAUCUUUUUUCUACAACUAUAAGGGUACACACAGCAUUGUGUUGUUGGCGUUAGUUGAUGCAGAUUGCCGCUUUAUAUAUAUAAACGUGGGAUGUAAUGGUCGCACACAUGAUGCAGGAGUGUUAAUGCAUAGUGAUUUAAAACAAAUUAUUGACAAUGGCGAUAAAUACUUUCCAACGGAUGAAGUCAUUGGAAAUGGAAGAAAACUUCCAUAUGUAAUAGUCGGAGAUGAUGCGUUUCCGCUCCACAAGCAUAUAAUGAAGCCAUACCCAUACCACACAAAAAUCAAAGAAAGAAAAAUAUUUAAUAUUAGACUUUCACGGGCUAGACAUGUAGUGGAACAUGCAUUUGGUAUAUUAAGUAACAGAUUUCUUAUAUUUCAAAGAAAAAUGAAUCUAAGUGUUGAAAAAGUUCACUUAAUUACAAAAACUUGUUGCGUGUUGCAUAAUUUACUUAGCAAAAGAGAUGUAAAUUACAUAAAUCAAUCAUCAUAUACCGCCAUUGACGAUUCAUCUUCUACAAAUAUAAGUGAUGGAAAAGAGUGCCCCGUACGGCGAUCUGCCCAAUUAGUAAGACAAGGCUUCGAAGAAUAUUUUAAUCAAGAAGGGCAGCUUCAUUGGCAAGAUUUAAAAUUGUAACUGAUUAUAUUAUAUUAUAUAAUUAUAUUAUUUUAUGAUUUUAACACAAAUAAUAAAAUAUAAAACAGAACAAGUUAAAAAGUAUCAGUUGGUUUACCGACAGAUUGAUACCCUCAGCUUAUGUCCGUAUAUUAAAAUAUAUUUUGACAUGUUUUAUUAUUAUUCAAAAUUUUUGGAACUACUGAAGGAGUAGGACAAUAUUGUCCACUUCCUUUAUGACCUAAGUCUGAUAUAAACAUUGGGUGUGACAUUUCAACAUUUCAAAUUUUUUUGAAAA